GUCUUAUCAAAAAAAUAAAUACCAAAAAAUGGUUUGGUUACGGUCAACGAAAUACAAUAGAAUUCAAAAUCGUAAUAAAUAUUUUUGAAAGGCAUAAAAUCCAUCCUCCAAAAAGGUAAAAAGCAAACACCUUUUCGUUUACCAAGAAGGCAAAAAAGAAAAAGUGAAAAUAACCGCGCCUUAACAACAAACUGCUCUGGUAAUAUUUAGGCACUGAAGUUUUCUCAAACCGAACAUUUCCAAAUCAGCACACAAUUGCCUUCUUCUAUGCUUCUUCUGCCUCCCUUUCUCUGUAAAGUUAAAAAGCCCCCUCAAAUCUUUACCCCAGAAAGAGAGAGAAACCAAGUGAAGUAGGUGAGUGAGUGAUUCUGCUCUUUCUCCUCUCACUAUGCAAAUCUUCUGAUCGUUUCAGCAUUGUGUUCUCUUCAUUUGCAGUAGAAAAAGAAAAAAAAAAGAUGUUCAAGAAUCAGCUGCAAGAAUUAGCUCAAAGAAGCUGCUUCAAUCUACCGUCGUAUGCGUGCGUGAGAGAAGGGCCCGAUCACGCCCCGAGAUUCAAAGCCUCGGUGAAUUUCAACGGCGAGGUUUUCGAGAGCCCCACUUACUCCACCACGUUGCGGCAGGCGGAGCACGCGGCCGCAGAGGCGGCGCUCAACUCCCUCUCCGCGAGAGGGCCGUCGAAAUCGCUGACAGCCAGAAUUCUCGAUGAGACGGGAGUGUACAAAAAUCUACUUCAAGAAACUGCUCACAGAGCUGGAUUAAAACUGCCCGUUUACACCACCGUCAGAUCGGGCCCCGGCCACGUUCCCGUCUUCACCAGCACCGUCGAGCUUGCCGGAAUGACCUUCUCCGGCGACGCCGCCAAGACCAAGAAACAAGCCGAGAAGAAUGCUGCCAUUGCUGCUUGGUCCGCAUUAAAACAAAUGCCGAAUUUGGGGCCUUUGUCGGAACAAGAAAAUGUUGGAGGCGGGAAAUGUUGGAAUGCAGGCAGAGUGAUAAGACGAAGAGAUCCUCAUCAGCAUCAGCAAGCAGGUAGAGGGAGAAUGCAGAGGCCUUUUCCCCAGAAACGGCCAUGGAAGUUUCCCGAUCCAUUCUUGGAUCCUACUCCUGCUUUAGACACUCACAAACACAACGCCAACACCAACACCAACAGCUUUCUCUCUCUUCUCCCUCCGCCGCCGCCGAGGACCGCUUCCAAAAUCCUGCCUCCCAACUGGCCCACUUCCAAUGUGUUUUUGGAAGACGAUCACGAAUGGAUUAACAAGAUUUGCGAGGCUAUCAAGAAGGACACCCCCAGCUCAAGUUCGAGCUCCAUUUAUGGAGGGAAACAAGGAGUGUACAGUCAGUUCGGAGCAGAAAAUGCGAGAAGAAGAAACAUUCUUGAUUUCCCUCCAAUCUCAACAUGUCAUAACCAAAUGGGAUUAAUGCCCAAAUUCCCCGCAGCUCAGAGGUUCGCACCGGCAGUUCAAAUCAGGUCCGUCAUUCCGGUGUGCGCGGCUCCACCGAGCUCCGACAAAUCGCCGCCGCCAUCAGAGUUAGCAGUAGUUUCCUCUUUGAGCAAGCUAAAGUUGUGAUGAAUUUUUCCAACUAAAAGUCGUGUAAGUUGAAGUGAUUAGUCCUUAAACCCCUCCUUUUCGCGUUUAUGAAUGAGAUGAGUGUUUUUGCGCCACUAA